ACUUAAAGGAUGGAACAGGAAGCUGCAAGAGAGGAGGAAGAGAGAAAAGAAGGUUUGAUAGAGUUCUAUGAUUCCUUCAAGGACAUGUUUGAGUUCUUCUGUAAGAACACCACCAUCCACGGCACCAUCCGCCUCGUGUGCUCAAGCAGCAAUAAGAUGAAGACAGCUUUCUGGACGCUGCUCUUACUUGCCAGUUUUGGCAUGCUGUACUGGCAGUUUGCACUCAUGUUCAGCCAAUACUGGGCCUACCCCGUUGUCCUGACCAUGUCGAUGCAUUCGGAGGCCAAGAUGUUUCCAGCAAUUACCAUCUGCAAUCUGGAUCCGUACAGAUUUGAUCUGGUUAGUGAGCACUUGGUUCAGUUGGAUCGCAUGGCAGAGAAAUCUGUUAGUGUCCUAUAUGGCAUCAACACGUCUGCCAGCUUAUUCCAUGUCAACGAGAAGAGCAUCCACACGAGAGACUUGCCAAGCACAAGCAGUCACAACAGAUCCAGCUUCAAACUGAGCCAAAACUUCUCUCUACUGAGAACAACUGAGUUCAAUAAUAGGACAGGAAAGAGACAGUCUCUCGUGGGCUUCAGACUGUGCAAUGCCACAGGUGGGAAUUGCUUCUACAAGACCUAUUCAUCUGGGAUGGAUGCAAUCCUUGAGUGGUACAGGUUUCACUACAUGAACAUCAUGUCCCAACAACCAGUUAUAAUCAACAUUUCUGAUCACGAGGAGAAGAUAGAAGACAUGGUCUACUCCUGUCAGUACGACGGGGAGCCCUGCAGGCCCAGUGACUAUGUUCACUUUCACCACCCAGUCUUUGGAAGCUGCUAUACUUUUAACAGCAAGGGAACAGACUCCUUCUGGACAGCAACAAAACCAGGAAUUCCUUAUGGACUUUCCCUUAUCCUGAGAGCAGAGCAGAAGGAUCACAUCCCACUCCUGUCUACAGUAGCAGGUGUGAAAGUGAUGAUACACAACCACAACCAGACACCAUUCCUCGAGCAUGAAGGCUUUGACAUCCGACCAGGCAUUGCCACCACCAUUGGCAUCCAGCAGGACAAGGUGAAUCGCCUGGGUGGCAAUUAUGGGAAAUGCACAACAGACGGCAGUGAUGUGAAAGUUAAACUCCUCUAUAACUCCUACACCCUGCAGGCUUGUCUGCAUUCCUGCUUUCAACACAUAAUGGUUCAAAAAUGUGGCUGUGGGUACUACUAUUACCCACUGCCUCCUGGGGCUGAGUACUGCAACUACAACAAGCAGCCUGCUUGGGGUCACUGCUUUUACCAGCUGUACAGCAGGCUCAGGAAUCACCACCUGAAUUGCUUUGACCAGUGCCCCAAGCCUUGCAGGGAGUCGCUGUACAAGGUGUCUGCUGGGACAGCCAAAUGGCCAUCGGAGAAGUCUCAGGACUGGAUCCGCCAAGCUCUAAGGCAUCAGAAUGGAUAUAAUUCUACGAGCAACAGGAAGGACAUUGCCAAGGUGACCAUCUACUACAAGCAGCUGAACUACCAGUCUCUGAAUGAAUCUCCUUUGCUCUCGGAUAAUCUGCUUCUGUCCAGCAUGGGAAGCCAGUGGAGUCUCUGGUUUGGAUCCUCGGUGCUGUCUGUAGUUGAAAUGUUAGAGCUGCUCAUAGAUACAUUGGUGUUGUCUCUCCUCUUCUGCUACCAAAGGUUCAGGUCAAAGACACUAAAAGUUGCCCGCACCCCCUCCAUCCCUAGUGUGAGCCUGACCCUAGAAAGCUACCGUGUUGUGCAGGAGGCUGGAAAAGGCACUGCUCCUGCCCACGGCCACACUUCAGGAGUGCCUAUGACCACAGCCAACAGCAGUGACCCACAUCCUGCCCAGCUCUCCAGCAAGGCAAUGCCAGAGCACUGCCCAGACGUGGUGCUGAAUGGGUUCAGGUACAUGAAGGACAUCUCUCUGGAAGGAGAACUAAAUCUCUAAGAACGUGUGUGUGGCACAGAGCCAUCAGAAGGGCUGCAACCUGAGCACAGGCAUCACGCAAUGUCCCUCUGUUCCUAAUGAACAUCCAGGGAGGUGAGCACUGUAUGCAGUCCUCCUGACCUCCUAAAAGCCCAUUCACCGCUUUUAACUUUUAAACCCUUGCAAGGAAACCACCCUGUGGUGUCAGACAGGCCCAUCUGCAUUUCAUAUAUACUUGAGAGAAAAGCCAGCCUACGAUGAUGGGGGGAUGUCCAAGAGGGGCAAAAGAGUGCACACUCCCCAUUGUCAGGGAUGACAAUUUCCAUAAGCUGCUCCGAUCACAGCUCUGUCCUUUGCUUACCACUGUUGCACGUAGAGAAUCACGCACAGAAUGCUUCAGCCCAGAUUUUUUCAAGUGGGACUCGCUGUCUCAGGGAAGAGGAAUGGGAAGAAAUAGGGCUGAUCAAUUUUUUCUGCCACAGAAGAAGCGUCUGAGCUACUGAGAUUAAAACAGCGCUGCGUUUUUAGUGCAGCCCAUUUGUAGGGAUGUUUUAAUGUUAAUAUUUGACAGUAACUUAUGUGUACAUAAAAUAACAUAUUUAUUUUUGAUGACAGUGCCGGCGUAGGUUUUACUCCGUUACAGUUGUUAUGACUUUCUGCAGAAGAAUUGUGAAGAAAGUGCUGAGCUUUGUUUUCUAACUUAUUUUUGUAAUAAUAAAACGCUCAGAGCGCAGACCAUGGCUGCAAAUUGAGUUUGAUUUUGUUUUGCUUCCACCCAAUAUUUGGGUUUAUUACCAUAGAGUCACUUGGAAGGGAAACAAAUGCUUCCUUCUAUUUUUGGGGUUCUGGAGAAGUCAGUUUGGGGGUGAGGGAGAACAGGGCAUGGGAUUGCAUUGCCUGGACGUCAGCCUUGGAGCAAGAGGGAUGUGGCAACAACGCAGGGCAGGGAUCUGCCAGCAGAGUUGUGUGCUCGAGCUGGGCACGUGCAGUCACAGAACAAGCGGUGUUGCAAGGCAGAAAGGAGCUGCACACGGUGCGUGAAUGGGAAGGAAGGGUGACGAGCCACAAGGCCAGCACAGCCAAGGCUGUGGGGUUCAAGAUGGGAGGCAGAUCUGCUUCCCAUCUGCUUAUGCUGCCUUUAAUAGAACCAAAUAAUGGUUCGGAGGUAGCAGAAGCAUGAGCAGCAGCCUCCAGCCUGAAGGCAGUUUGGAGCAACCUUCUCGGAGGGCGUGGGCCAGUUGUCAGAUUAGCAGCUGACUCUGUAUUACAGAACAUUCCCAUCGUCUGCUGCAGUUGAGCAAUAAUCAGCCGUGCAGAUUCUUCGUUAGGGUCAUCCCUUGGUGCUGUGAUGUCACCCCUGGGCUACCUGCCCUGUUAGGGCCUGGCUGAAGGCAAAGGGUUCGGCCACCGCUCUGGGACAAAACCUCCAUCAGUGCAGGAAAGGUUACAGAAUUACGCUGUAAUUCCAGAGAUAAUUAGGCACCCGCAUCCCCUCUGUGCUGUACAUUCAUUGCUCGGUGUUCCGGGACAACUUCUGCUGCAGACUGAGCUCAUUCUCACCUGAAGAUGAACCCACGUAGCCACCGGGGAAGAGAUAAAGGAAAGAUUCCAGGUAUUCAGCUGCAGAGGUGCAGCUGCCUCGAGGCUCCCACAGAUACCCUGAGCCCCUUACUUGUCCUGGGGAGCAGCUGAGAGGGCAGACCCACAGCUCAGAGCUGCACGGCUGUGGGCACACAGCAUGAGUGCUUAAUGGCACUGUCAUAUGAGAUGAUGGAAGAUAUGCCUGCAGGAUGCUGAGAGUUUCCGUGGAGCACAGGGGCUCCUUGUACAGGGCAGCCAUCAGCAGUGCUUGUAACAGAGCAUAACAGAUCAGGGGGCUCUGAAGGAAUAUGAACUGAGGGGUGAUGUGAGCCCGUCACCUCUACCCCAUCCUGGAAUCACAAUAUCAUGAGACAGUGACAGAGAAACCCAACAAAAAGGCACUGUGGGGUCCUAGGAGGUGACAAGGGCACACUGGGAAGCAUUUGGGGCAUCCCAAAGCACAUUGAAGAGCUGUGGGAGCCAACUAGGAUGUCCUGGAGUACACUGAGUGGUCCUUGGGGACUUUUAGGGAUCCCCAGGGCACACUGGAAAGCACUGAGAGGUCACUGGGGUGCCCUAGGGACAGCUGGGGGAUCAUGGAAUGCCUCGAGGCCAUUCUGGAAAGCCUCUGGGGCGUCUUAGAUCACACUGAGGAGCUCAGGGAGUGCUCUAGGGUACAGUGGGGGCAUCCUGGGAGGGCUUGUGGGCUCCCUAGGGAGAGCAGACAAGCUCUGGGCGUACGCUGCUGUCCCCAAGACUUCAUGGAGAGGCUGUGAGGAUCACCGAAAGCUUUUAGUGCGUCCAAGGGCAACCUGGAGUCUGUAGGUCCUUGCGGGCGUGACCUCGGGUGCUCCCGCAUCCUCCGCUGCCCCCUGCUGGAUGUCUUGCGGUACUACAGGCGCAGCCCCCCCGCAGUGUCACGGAGAGCCGAGCCGCAAAGUA